AUGCUGGGCAGUGCAGCUCUGCUGCCAUUGAUCCUAUGGAUAACGACGGUUCAUGCCUUCUUCCCUUGGUUCCCGCCAUCCGUCUGUGCCGACGACAAUGAGCUUUGCAAAGCCCAGCUCUCGUCGACUGUCGUCAAAGACGCCACCGCAAACGAUGCCCGCCGGUCUCUGCCGGCCAAGGCGGCUGACAGCCUGACCUUCAAGAUUGGCCGGAGGGCAGCAGCACACCGCCGGAUCGAGAGACACGAGCCACUCAAGGCAAGAGUGGAGCGUGUGGCCCACCGCCUCGCCCGCAAGUACGCCCCUGCCGCGGAGCAGGCCCUCGAGGCACGCACACCAGCAACAGCAACAGCAACAACAACAACGGCAUCCGACGACAAUGCGGACUUUGCUGCCGUGAAGCGAGCCAACAACUUUGAUGUCGUCACCGCCACCGCCCCGUCCGCCUCCAACGCCGUGGGCAUCGACCAAGACGGCACCGAUUUUUCGUACUUCAUCAAGGCCGAGUUCGGGUCCGCCCAGACGCCCCUGUGGAUGCUGCUCGACACAGGCGCCGGCACGACGUGGGUUAUGGGCUCCGACUGCAAGACCCCGGCCUGCGCUUUGCACAACGAAUUCGGCGCCGCCGACUCCAAGACGCUGCAGACGUCGAGCAAGACCUUUUCCAUCGCCUACGGCUCCGGUACCGUGGCCGGCAACCUGGCCAGCGACACUGUCACCAUCACGCCUGCUCUUAGUCUGACCAUGUCCUUUGGCAUCGCCAACACGACCUCGGGCGACUUUACGCACUUCCCGUUUGACGGCAUCCUGGGCCUGAGUUUGAGCGAGGGCGCUACCGACAACUUUUGGAAGACGGUCCUGGCCGCCAAGACGCUGACGGCCAACGUUUUCGGUGUCGCCCUGUGGCGGGAGGUCGACGGCGGUACCAACAACGGUGAGAUUAUCUUUGGCGCCACCAACCCAGACAAGUACACGGGCAGCCUCUCCUAUACGCCCGUGUCCUCGUCUGGCGGCGGUGACUGGGCCAUUCCCAUGGACGAUGUGGGCUACAACGGCGGCAAGGCCGGCAUCACGGGCCGCCUCGCGUACAUUGACACAGGCACCACCUACGUGUUCGGCCCCGCCGACGACGUGGCCGCCCUGCACAAGCAGAUCCCGGGUGCCAGCAGCUCCGACGGCGGCGUCACCUACACGGUGCCGUGCACCUCCAACCAGCCCCUGACCGUCUACUUUUCCGGUGUGGCCUACAGCAUCUCCAGCAAGGACUGGAUGGCGGCUGCCUCCGACAGCAGCGGCCGCUGCACGAGCAACAUUUACGGUCAUGCCGUCGUCGCCAAUGCCUGGCUGCUGGGCGACCUCUUUAUCAAGAACGUCUACGCCGUCUUCGAUAUUGACCAGAGCCGAAUCGGCUUUGCCACCCAGGCCAUCAACGCCCCCGCCUCCAUGGUGGCCUCGUCGGGCAGCACCGCCUCCCAGACCGCGCCAUCCCCCAGCGGCAGCGGCAGCGGCAGCAGCAGCGGCAACACCUCGGGCGGCUCGUCGUCUGGUGGUGGCAGUGCGUCGGGCGUCGCCUCGAGCGCGCCGGCCACCACUACGUCGCCGUCCGGCGGCGGCAGUGGGAACAGCGCAUCGCUGCCGGGCCUGAGUGGUCACGAGACCGCCGGCACAGCGGUGGCCGAGUCGUCCGGUGCGCCUGCACCCAAGUCGACGGCUGUGACGUCGCCCGCGGAUCAGCUCGAGAGCGGCGGCGUCUACGUCUCGGUCGUCUGCAUUGUGGCCGCCAUUGCCAUGGCCGUGUAA